ACAAAAAAAAAAAAAAAAAAAAAAAACACAAAAAAACCAACACCAAACAAAAUGCUUGCCAACAACAUCCUCAUCCUGGGCCUCGCCGCCAUCGCCUCUGCCCAAUCAUUCGUGGGUUUCGCCGCCGGCGGCAUUACCUGUGAGACCGGCGUCAGCGCCACCCAGGACGAGGUCGUUGCUGCCAUGGUGGGGCCCAAGGGCACGCUGACGGAAAAGAGGGCGGACAAUCUGGCUACCAAGGGAUGCAACAAGGUCAAGGCGCCACUAUUCAAGGUCUCGGUGCAAAAGAAGUUCAUCUUGUCCUACGCCUUUGACAAGCCUACCAACACUUAUACCCUGUGCUCUGUGUCCAUUGGUGGAACCGGGAGGGGCCCUCAGUGCAGUGCGAAACCAUAAACUCGACAGAACACGAGAGGCGGCUUUUUGGGUUUCGGGAAUUUUCGAGCGUGAGCCUGGUGUCACGGUCCUUGUUUUUCUUUGGGCAUUUACGGGUCUUUGUUUGGGGCAUUCUGGCGGGCUUUUGGAUACAGGCAAUCCAUCUUGAGCGAUGAAUAUACCCUUUUCGCAUUUCUUUCUUAGCUGGGAUCGAUUUGGCCUGCAUAUGGGCCGAUGGAUCGAGAGCUUUGCAUCUUUUGAUCUGGUUUUGGGGGCAGUGUGUUGAGUGGACAAUCCAAGCAGCUACGACAAGCACAUGUCAAAUCUGGGCCAUGGUGAUCUCUGACAUCCCAAUCAGGAGGUAUUAUCUGCGUCUAAAAUAUCAUGUACCUCGUAGUCGCACAGACAUAUUCUGCAUUACAAAACAGCCCACCUAUUUUAGAUCCACGAGACUUGAAAUUAAAUGCGUCAAGCCUCAGACGACAGAAAAUAAUAAGAAGAGAAAACCAUCACGC